CGCAACGUCGCCGCCCGCGCCGAGGUUAAGGAGAUCCACAUGCCCGCGCUCUCCUCCACCAUGACCGAGGGCAAGAUCGUCUCCUGGCUCAAGGGCGAAGGCGAGCAGAUCAGCAAGGGCGAGGCCGUCGUCGUCGUCGAGUCCGACAAGGCCGACAUGGACGUCGAGACCUUCUAUGACGGCUACCUCGCGUACAUCGCCGUGCCCGAUGGCGAGAUGGCCACCGUCGGCGCGCCCAUCGCCUUCGUCGCCGAGACCGAGGCCGAGAUCGCCGAGGCCAAGGCCAAGGCUGCCGCCGCGGGUGGCGCCGCGCCCGCCCCCGCGCCCCCCGCGCCGGAGCCCGCCGCGGCUGCCCCUCCUCCCCCCGCUCCCGCGGCUGCGGCUCCUGCUCCUGCCCCCGCUCCCGCGGCGGCGGCUCCCGCUCCCGCUCCCGCGGCUCCCGCUCCCGUGCAGGGCCGCGCUGACGGUCGCAUCAUCGCCACCCCCUUCGCCAAGAAGAUCGCCAAGAAGCUCAGGGUGGACCUCGCCACCGUGCAGGGCACCGGCAUGAACGGCCGCAUCACCGCGGGCGACGUCGAGAAGAAGGCGGGCGUGCCCUCCUCCGCCCCGGCCCCCGCGGCCGCCGCGGCUGCCCCCGCGGCUGCCGCCCCCGCGGCUCCCUCCCCCGCGGCUGCUGCCCCCGCGCCUCUCCCCGCCGCGGCUGGCACCGCUGUGCCCCUCUCCGGCAUGCAGAAGGCCGUGGCCAAGAACAUGAUGCCCUCGCUUCAGGUUCCCGUCUCUCGCAUUGCCAUGCAGAUGUGCACCGACGAGCUCGACGCUCUCUACAAGAAGGUCAAGCCGAAGGGCGUGACCAUGACCGCACUCCUCGCGAAGGCUGUCGGCGUCGCCCUCGCGCAGCACCCCAUCAUGUUCGCCACCCUCUCCCCCGCGGGUGACGCCAUCAUCUACAACGAGAAGGUGAACAUCGCCGUGGCCGUGGCGCUGGAGCAGGGCCUCAUCACCCCCGUGCUCCAGGACACUGCUGGCACCGACGUGUACGAGAUUGGUCGCAAGUGGAAGGACCUGGUGAAGAAGGCUCGCGGUGCGGGCCUCGGCCCCGCGGACUACGCCGGCGGUAACUUCACCAUCUCCAACCUCGGUAUGUUCGGUGUGGACUGCUUCGACGCGAUCCUGCCCCCGGGCCAGGGUGCGAUCCUCGCGGUGGGUGCCUCCAAGCCCACUGUUGUGCCCGUUAACGGCAUGAUUGGCGUCAAGACCCUCAUGACCGUCAACCUCACCGCCGACCACCGCCACAUCAACGGCGACGUGGCCGCCGAGUUCCUGAAGACCCUGAAGGCUGUCGUCGAGGACCCUAAGGACCUC